AUGAUCAUGAGACUCAAGGCUACUAUUCAGUCUUUGGAAGAGCAGAUGAGUUCUGUUACGGAGAAGAGUGCUAAGUAUGCUCAGAUUGCUGCUGAGGAAGUGCCCAAAAGUCUUUACUGCCUUGGUGGGAAGCUCGCGGAGAGAAUCUAUGUUGUGGCUUCUAAGCUCACCGAUAACAGUCUUUACCAUGUCUAUGUGUUUUCUAAUAACAUUGUUGCUACUUCGGUUGUGGUUAACUCCACUGCUCUCAAAUCCAAGGCCCCUGAGAAAUUCGUCCUUCAUCUUGUCACUAAUGCGAUGAAGUCAUGUAUGUGGAAAUUGCAGGUGACGAGUGUGCAAUCUUCGCUGUUUUUAGAAGCAGCAUUUGCGUCAAAUGAUAUGCAGCAUUUGGCUGCAAUGUUAAGGGUCUUGUCGGAAUUGAUUCCAGGAUUUAAAGAAACUACCGAGUAUUACACAUUCUAA